UUCCGAUAAGAAACUACUACGUGACGUUUAUAAAAUAGGUCUUUAAGAAAUCUCGCCUAGUUACUUUACGCAACUCAAACCCAUCAAUACAAACAUUCUGUAGAAGAAUUCCUAAUAAUUGCAUCUUAUGUAAUACUUAGAAAUGAACUCAUAUAUAUUAGAAAUUUCCAUUUAAAUGAAAUAAGUUUUAGGAAGAUGGCCUAUACCGGUCUUGUGUAUAUAUUUGUUACUGUUGCAAUAACAAACGUCAUUGAAGCACAGUUUUAUAAUGGUGGAAGGUUAAGGCCGUUUGGUUCACCCAGUUCAGUGGACUUCAGGUCUAGUUAUAGAGAGUCGCCGCCGAAAGACUCGAGCUACAGUUGCGAUGAUCUAUAUGCUUUAUUGAACCUUGCUCGAGCCUUGGAGGAAAAAACAUCGAAAACAGUCACUUCAACAUCCUAUCCUGAUGAAAUUAUUAUGAAUCUAGUCAACGCGUUAGUCUACACCGCAACGCAAGCUACGCAAGCGCGAUGUCCAGAGCCUAUACCUCCAAUUCCUCCAAUUCCUUAUAUACUUACUCAUGAAUUACCUUCUAAAUCAUCUAAUGAUUUAUCUAACACCACAACAGACGUGCCAAUCAAUAAUUUGCCGCCAGCUAUCCAAUCUAUAAGCCCGCAAAUAUCAGACUAUCAACCUGUAGUCCAACAACCAAUAGAUAUUCAGCCGUUUAUCCCACAACCUACAAUAAAUCAUCCGAAUCCGUCAAGUAACUUCCAGUCACUAUGUGAUCAGCAAAUUUUACAAUCAUUAAUUGACCCAUGUGACUCUAUUACUUACGAAGAACCUACAAAUAAUGUACAACCUAUAAGUGAAACAGCGAAUCCAACUUCAAAGAUUAGGCCCAGUGAAUCAAAACGACCAAAAAAGAAGUCUAAAAACAAAGCAUCAAAAACGAAUAUUGAUUCAACUUCCAAAUGCACAGUGACUCCCGACAACGACAAACCUUCUAACUCUGCUACUGCUAUAGCUACUACCACAGUUGCUACUGCUGAAGCAACGGCCACUACUCAGGCUCCUUCUAAGAAUAGUCCACUAUCAAAAGGUACAUCAACUGCCUCCGCUGCAGUAACAUCUAUAGCAAAUGCUCCUACCAAACCUAAACCUUCAACUGUAGAUCCUACCAUUACUACUUCUUCCAGGCGCCUCCCUGAUACGACCGACUCUGUUCCCACUAAGAAUUCGACUCCUAAGUCUUCAACAGCUCAAUCCACCACUCAACAUACCACGAGUACAUCUAAAGCCUCUCCCAAAACCAAUUCUGGUACAACAGCUCCUACCAAAACUUUCUCCAAAUCUACUCCGGCAUCUACUAGCCCUCCCCAAUCAAAUUCAACUACAAAUCCGAAAUCUACACAAUCCACCACGAGCCCUACCAAAACUGCCACAGGUUCGUCUAAAUCUACUCCUACAGCUCCUGCUAUUGAUCCAGCUAAGGUAACUUCUACUCCGACCGCUUCUAAAUCCAAACCAGCUACUACACCAAGCAUCGGUCCUCCUACGAAAUCGCCGAUUAAAUCUUCACCUACGCAAACAACUCCUAAUAUAUCUGACCCUGCAACAACUAGAUCUAAAAUUCCCUUAAGUAUACCUUCAAGUGAUGGAGAGAGUAUUAUUGGAAUAGAUUUGGAUGGUUCUGGUCUCCUAGGUGUUGAUAUUGGAGGAGGUUCGCUAAUAACAGUUGAUAUUGGAGGUAGUUCCUCAGAGGAAAAUACCAAUAGUAAUGGUGGCCUCUUAAACAUUACUAUUGGUGGUAGUGGUGUUAUCGGACUGGACGUAGGAGUCAGUAGUAGUAGCUCUUCUGAAAGUGAAAGCGAAAGCAGUGAAAAUAAUGGUUCUUUAUUAAGUAUUAGUGUGGGAUAGCGACUACCUUGCUAUAUGGAUACCAAAUACCUUGUUAUAUUUAAGGAAAUGACGUAAAUUAAAAUAUUACCACCUGCAGGCGAAGCAUGGUCACCAUAAA